GAAAAGUCUAAAGGCCUGUGUAGUUCUAUUCCCAUUGCUCGGCCUCACAUGGAUUUUCGGGAUUCUGACCGUCACAGACGCUGGGCUGGUCUUCCAAUAUUUGUUUACUAUCUUUAACUCUUUACAAGGUUUGUUCAUCUUCCUGUUUCAUGUUGUGCGAAGUAAAGAAAUCCGAGCCGCCUUAGAGACAAAAAGGCAAAGAUGGGAAAUAUCGAGAAGUGUAUCCAUGGCGGCAAAUGAAAAAUCAACGCUCGGCACAAGAAGAUCGAGUGCAGCGAAGGAAAAACGACUUUUUACGCUCGUGAACAAGAUUCGUCCUGAGACACAAGAGAGUAUCAGUACUUCAUUUACCACUGUUUUAUAAGUUGUGAUUAUUGUAUAUUGCUCAAAGCAAUAUCACUAGACCAAAAAAUAGGUUUGGAAAUCUAGAUCUUACCCAACUUUACCCAUAAUUUUUAAACUGAUUUCUUGCAGUUCACAGACCAGUCUGCUUAGCCAUCCUCGUUCCUUUCCAAUUUUACCUCGAGCUCCUUAUUUUUAAUAUUAUAUUAUCUUGAAUACUUUAAAAGAAAUAUAAAGAUUUAAGUACAGUGGUUUCCUUAACACUUUCACGCGCAACAUCGAUAUACAAUUUCCCUGCAUUUUUUGCAAUAAUUUGUCAUAAUUUUUCGCUCUGAGAAUUUUGUUGUCGUCAAACAAUAUCCCCCAACUGGUAUUUAUCUUAU